AUGGCUUCCGCGGCAGAAAUUAGGCCUGACAUCCACGAUGCAGACACUGUCAGCAAGAACGAGGCUGGCGACGCCGAAAAGAAGAGCGCUUCCGACGGCGACCACCAUCACGCUGAGAAUCCUACCGAUCAUGCGCUUACUGCUGCCGACAAAGAACACUACGAGAAGUACGGCACUUAUGACCGCUAUGAAAUCACCGAGGAAGACUGUUACGACGAGCUCGGCUUUUGCUUUCCAACAUGGAAGAAGUGGACCAUUCUUAGCAUCGUCUUCAUGGUCCAGGUCAGCAUGAACUUUAACACGUCGUUGUACAGCAACGCUGUGACGGGUAUCUCAGAGGAGUUCAGCGUCAGUGCCCAGGCGGCGCGUCUGGGCGCGGCUCUCUUCCUCAUCGCCUACGCGUUCGGUUGUGAGCUCUGGGCGCCUUGGAGUGAAGAGCUAGGACGAUGGCCUGUCCUCCAGCUCAGUCUGUUCUUUGUCAACAUAUGGCAAAUUCCUGUAGGCAUCGCGCCCAACUUCGGGACCAUUCUUGCGUUUCGUACGCUCGGUGGUCUCUCCACUGCCGGUGGUUCCGUAACUCUUGCUAUGGUGGCUGACAUGUGGGAACCUGACAAUCAACAAUACGCCGUCGCUUUCAUCGUCUUCUCCUCCGUCGGUGGUUCCGUAUUAGGCCCCAUUGUGGGCGGUUUCGUCGAACAGUUUCUCGCUUGGAGGUGGAAUAUCUGGAUUCAGUUAAUAUUUGGUGGCGCCGUCCAAAUUGCUCACGCCAUCCUCGUCCCCGAGACCCGUACAACAGUCCUCAUGGACCGCAUUGCCAAGAAGCGCCGUGCGGAAGGCGAAAAGAGCGGCAAGCCAAACAACAUUUGGGGACCCAACGAGCUCAAGACGUUCAAAGAGCGCUUCAGUGUACACGAGAUUCUCGUUACAUGGGUGCGUCCGUUCCGCAUGUUCGUUACGGAACCCAUUGUACUCGUCCUCUCCCUACUUUCCGGUUUCUCUGAUGCCAUCAUCUUCAUGUUCUUGCAGUCUUAUGCGCUUGUGUACGCUCAAUGGAACUUUGCACCAUUCGCCAUUGGACUGACUUUCGUCGCCAUCGGCAUUGGCUACUUCAUCGCCUGGUUCUCCUUUUUCCCAGCCAUCAAGCGUAACGAGCGCCUCCGUCGUGAUCAUCCCGACGAUGAGCGCUCCCAAUACGAGGCGCGCCUCUGGUGGUUGCUGUACACUGCUCCAUGCCUUCCUAUCGGCCUUAUCAUCUUCGCUUGGACAAGCACUGGCCCGCCAAUUCACUGGAUGGGAUCUCUAGUCGGAUCAGCAAUUAUUGGAAUAGCCAAUUACGCCAUCUAUAUGGCUACCAUUGACUACAUGAUCUGCGCCUACGGUCCAUACUCAGCGUCGGCGACUGGUGGUAACGGCUGGGCUCGUGAUUUCCUCGCUGGUGUCCUCACGCUCCCCGCCACACCAUUUUUCCAGAACAUCGGCGGAGAUCUGCAUCUCGCAUAUGCCUCAACCAUUCUCUUCGGUAUAUCUCUCCUUCUAGUAGUCUCGGUCUACGUUAUCUACUGGAAGGGCCCUGAACUCAGGAAGCGCAGUCCUUUUGCCCAGCAACUCAGUGCUGCUCGCGACGAGACCGGUGGUCGUCGCGUCAGCAGCCUUCCAGGCAUGUACGGUUCUCGCGCAAACUCUUUGGCACAACAAGGAGGCUCGAUGCCCACUUCUCGCAGGGGCAGUGUAGUGCGUGGUGUUCCGGGAGGUGAAAACAGAUACGAGAUGCACCGCAGACAGAGUGCGCGCAGCACUGGAGUUGCUUAA